GCUGCAUCGGUAGGAAGAAGUGUUAGUAGGCAAUGGGUGCUGUGUCAUCACGAAGGAGAGAAGCUAAGGAGGAUGCCAAAAACAAAGUUCCACACAAGUUUCAGGCCAUCAGUGGGACGGCAGCAAACCCCUCCACGGAUGAGAGUCUCGAGGACCACAUCUCCUCGGGCAGCUUCUUAAGCAACAACAGGAAGAAGUAUUGGGUGGAUGAGAAAACUGGGGCAAACUGCUUCGCUUUGGUUGCUAGAGACCUAUCGAUCACUUGGGGUGAUGACCCAAGAUACUGGCAGUGGCUUCCGAUGAAAGAAGCAGGGGAAGUGGAGAUCGAAGUGGCAUCACUGAAACAGGUGUGUUGGCUGGAAAUCCAUGGAAAGCUUGAGAUGUCUCAUCUUACACCUGCGGUCACGUACGAUAUCUUCUUCGAAGUGAUGAUAAGCAAGGAAACUGCUUCUGGCUGGGGAACACCGGUGAAUCUGAGGGUGAAGUUCCCCGACGGAAGAGUUGAAGAGCACAAGGAGAGCCUGCUAGAGAAACCUAGAGGACGGUGGAUUGCUCUUACAGUGUGCAAGCUCAAGACACGCCCCGAAGCAGCAGGAGAAAUGGAGAUCUCCUUGCUCGAGUGCGAAAGUGGACAGUGGAAGCGAGGCCUCAUCGUUAAAGGUGUCAUCGUUCGCCCCACCAACUGAUUCGUCUUAUCUCUAUUAGUAUUCUGUAUGAUGAGUGAAGCGUGCAUGAAAUGUUAUCUAUCACCUUCUGUUGUGACUUGCUGAACGUAGAAACUGAUGACCCACAAAAUAAGAACAGGAAAGAUGAAGAUUAGAGGCGAAGAAGAUGAAGAAGAAUAUUCUUCUCUC